GCAUUAGCGGACCAAUCAGGGUGGGCCACGGUGAGAUUUUUCUAUGUACUUUUGUGAGCGACGCAGCGGCAGCGGACUGUGUUGUUGUAAGUGAGGAGACGAGCAUAGAGAAGCUGAAAUCAUGAAGCCACUUUUACUCGGAGUACUGGGCUGCUCUCUGGUUCUGGCUGUCCAAGCUUUGUACUCGGCUAGUGAUGAUGUUAUCGAGCUCACCCCAUCCAACUUUAACAGAGAGGUGAUCCAGAGUGACAGUCUGUGGCUGGUCGAGUUUUAUGCUCCCUGGUGUGGCCAUUGUCGAAAUCUAGCUCCUGAUUGGAAGAAGGCAGCUACUGCCCUCAAGGGUAUUGUCAAAGUUGGUGCUGUGGAUGCUGACCAGCACAAGUCACUGGGUGGCCAGUAUGGUGUCAGAGGGUUCCCCACCAUCAAGAUCUUUGGCGCUAAUAAGAACAAACCAGAGGAGUACCAAGGUGGACGCAGCAGCCAGGCCAUUGUGGAUGGAGCCAUGAACGCUCUGCGUAAUCUGGUGAAAGAGAGGCUGAGCGGCAGGUCUGGUGGCUCUGACUACAAACAGAGCGGUGGCAGUGGCAGCAGUGGUGGGAACAAGAAAGAUGUGGUCGAGCUCACCGAUGACAACUUUGACAAGAUGGUGUUGGACAGUGAUGAUGUGUGGCUGGUGGAGUUUUUCGCCCCCUGGUGUGGACACUGCAAGAACCUGGAGCCUGAAUGGGCAGCUGCAGCCACAGCUGUCAAGGAGCAGACCAAGGGCAAAGUUCGCCUCGGAGCUGUGGACGCUACUGUACACCAGGCCGUGUCCGGUCGCUAUGGGAUCCGUGGGUUUCCCACCAUCAAGAUUUUCCGCAAAGGUGAGGAGCCAGAAGACUACCAAGGAGGUCGCACCCGCGGUGACAUUAUAGAGAAGGCUUUGGAUCUGUUUUCUGACAAUGCUCCUCCUCCAGAACUGCUGGAGAUUCUCAGUGAAGACGUCUUAAAGAAGACCUGUGAGGACAGUCAGCUGUGUAUAAUUGCUGUCCUGCCACACAUCCUGGACACAGGCGCGGCCGGUAGGAACAGCUACCUGGAUGUGAUGGUGAAAAUGGCUGAGAAGUACAAGAAGAAGAUGUGGGGCUGGCUGUGGACCGAGGCAGGGGCUCAGAUGGAGCUGGAAUCCUCUCUUGGUAUUGGUGGUUUCGGCUACCCUGCCAUGGCUGCCAUCAACACACGCAAGAUGAAAUUUGCUCUGCUCAGGGGUUCCUUCAGUGAGACCGGUAUUCAUGAGUUCCUCAGGGAGCUUUCUGUGGGCCGUGGCUCAACUGCCACAUUGGGAGGUGGCGUCAUGCCCAAGAUUCACACCGUUGAACCAUGGGACGGCAAAGAUGGACAGCUUCCCGUGGAGGAGGACUACGACCUCAGUGAUGUAGAACUCGAUGACUUCAAGGACGAGUUAUGAGUCCAAACGGGGCAGGACUGAUCCAGACUAGCUGCGUUUGGUCUGGUCUGGUCCUGUGCGAUCCACCUUCCCUCUCCUGUGGACGAAUGGGAGGCCCGGUCGCCCAGUUACGGAAAUACUCCUGAAAAGACACAUGAGAGACACCUGCGGUUUCUCACAUCAUCUGUCAGUCACGAGAGGGACAGGAAGGAGGGGAGAGUGUGUCUUGUCCUCUGAGUGAACUCUUUCUCACAUACCUGCUGAACGCUAGAAGCCGCAUAUUUAUACAGCUGCCGCCCACUGAGGAGAGGAGGGUGGAGCUUCCGAAUGUCACAUUUUUGUCGUUGUUUCACUUUUUAAAACUUUGCCUUUCCUGCCCUCGUCAAGCACCUACUUUGAGAUGUGGACUUGUCAAAUUAACACUUAAACGUCCCACCUGAUGUGACUAAAUGUGUCUUCUCUUUUUAAACCAGUGACUGAGGAUGUUGGUGAGUUUGCAUCAUGUGUGUCCAGGACAAAGGGGAUACCAAGGGGGGACUUUUUGUGUAGAUUUUCCUUACACAACUUUAUUUCAAUUGUGUGAAAACAAAAGGACAUUUUUGUUACAAAAAUAAAAAGAAAUUAAAAAUAA